GUUAAAAAAAAAAUCUGAGACUGGCAAACACCUUGCCAGUUCAUAUUGGGACGCUGUGGCUUUCACAAGGAAGUAACGAAACAUGGAGUCAGCGACGGACAGUGGGCCGCCUCUCGUGUUUAAUUCCAGCGACAAUGUAACGGUCGUUGAUUCGUCAACGUCCGCGUUAAACGUGUCCACCAGCUUCGCGUUGGCACUGAAAUGUUUGGAUUUUUUCAAUUUUUAUUAUUUGGCCGUGAUCAUCAUCUUCGGUGUAGUUGGCAACACGUUGAACUUCCUCGUCUUCACGCGCACCCAUCUCAAGUUGCGCAGUUCCAGCUAUUAUUUAGCAGCGCUGGCCCUGGCCGACCUGGGAUUUUUGUUGACCCUGUUAGUCGUUUGGCUCAAUCACGUCGGUGUUGACUUGUUUAAUCGGCAGGGCUUUUGCCAGGCCUUGGUCUACACGAGCAGCGUCUGUUCGUGUCUGAGCGUGUGGUUGACGGUGGCGUUCACGAUCGAACGUCUCAUCGCCGUCCAAUAUCCGCUGCAACGGCCGUACAUGUGCACGGUACGCAGAGCCAAGAUCAUCAUCUCUGUCUUGUCAUUCACCACACUCUCUGGCCACAUUUAUUCGCUCUUUACGGCCGGAAUAACGGAUGGCCCGGAAGGCAAAUCUAUUUGCGAUCUGCUUCCGGCCUAUUACCGAUUCAUGCACGUCGUCAAUCUACUGGACACGAUCCUCACGCUCGUCAUCCCCUUCAUUCUGAUCGUUGUCAUGAACACGCUCAUCGCCAAGAAUCUGAUCGUCUUCAGCCGGACGUUCAACCGCAAGAAAUCACGAUCCAACAAUUCAUCGGCCCAACACAUCCAAAUGAAAACGAUACGAAUGACGGAGCAUUGGCAAGAGCGUGACAGUGGCCAGGGAUCCGUGUCCAAUCCAUCGCAUCACAGCAACAACAACAGUAAUGGCAAUUUACACGCCCAACAACUGGCCAAUUCGGUGCCGGUUGAAGCGGCAUCGACUAGCGUCAGUAGCCCUGGACAUUUGGAACGAUCGACAGCCAAUGCCGCCGUGGCCGGCGGAUGUGCUUCCGUCAACAAAGUCACGGUCAAUCAAGUAGCUAUCCAUCAGCAAGCGGCUCACGAAGCCAGUCACGACAGUCAAAUCUGCACGCAAGAAAAAUUGCAGUACCGCAACAUUUUAUCCAUACGCAUCCAAUAUUCGAUAACGAAGAUGUUGCUACUCAUUUCGACCGUGUUCAUCAUGCUUAAUCUUCCCAGUUACGUCGUUCGACUGCAAGUGUUUAUCAGCGAAGUUUCCGGCUCCAAUUCGGAAGUGAGUUCCACGGCCUGGCUGCUUCAACAAUUCUUUAUGCUACUCUACUACACCAAUUUCUCCAUCAAUUUUCUUCUUUAUUCCACCUGCGGUACGACGUUCCGGCAUUGUUUGUGUCGUCUGAUACGAGACAAACGCGACGCUAUGCGACGCUCCAUCAUCGGGAUACGAUAUCGUUACACGGGUUCUAACCAUCCACCAUAUCCGUGAAAAAAGACACACAUUGUACGGUUAUAUAGAAAACUAACUGGCAAGUCGUUAAGAGGAGGGAGGACACAACAGAAAACUCGUACGGAAGCGACACAUUUCCGGUGGUGAGUUAUUCUUAUCCUCCAUGGCCAGCUGGUCCCCAAUACAAAAGUCAUGUGCAAAUUGUCUUUUGUUCAUCCAGUUAAAGUUAUGGUUCAUUUCUUUUGCUGCAAAAAACAAAAAAAUGGGCAUGAUUUAAAGCGACAAUGUGAUAAAUGUCUCUGCGAUCCUAGAAAGAAAGAAGAAAAACAAAUUCGAGAACAAAUUAUUUUCUUAUGUGUUCUUUCAAUUUUCACACACGACGUUUUUAAGUUAUGUAAUGUUCGUAGUCCCUAUUGUUACGUAACUGCCCCACCCAUCUUCCCCAUUGAUGGCGUAUGUUAAAAAUGCUGCCCCAAAAACCGCAUCCGACAAAGAAACCAUUCCUCCUUGUCGGCAUAUAGUCCAUAGGUAAAAUACAACCUUAAAAUCUUUGUAAUGUUCCUUUCAAGAGCCAAUGGUCUUUUGCUACCUCACGCCACAUUGUUGAGCUAUAAAGCGUGAUUUUAUAUGUUUGAUUGCCAAAAAUAUGCGACAAUUCCUUGCUUGGCAAGAGCCAUAUUAUCUGGUGUGUAUCAACAGCUUUCAUGUUGAAUGUUCCUCAAAGCCCCCCCCCUGAAUGUAUAAUCCAGGCAGGGAAAAGCUCAUCAAAGAGAUACGAAUAAAAGAAGCGAAAAUACACGUUGUGUCAGUUUC